AUGAGCAUCAAUUCCCUCCCCGUGGAGACACUCGGUGACAUUUUCCAUGAGUGUGUACAGAACAGGGUGCCCAGAUGGGCAAAAACUAGGGCACUAGUACUGGUCAGGAUAUCGAGCGUUUGUCAGCGAUGGCGCGAAGUAUCUCUCUCGCACGGAAUUCUCUGGACCUACCUUGACUAUACCUUCCACGGGUCGCUUCGCAAACAGCUAGUUGAGAUAAUCGAUGCAUGGCUUCACAGAUCUAACGGGGCGCCACUUAAUUUCUCGUUCAGGUGCGAGCUGAAUAACGCGUCUCCGAAGGACCAUGAAGCGGCUGAGCGUAUCGUCUUGAUGUUGAUUUCUCACCAGUGGCAUUGGGGGAAAGUUAGAUUUAUCUGGCAAUUCAGGACAUCGCCCAGCUUUCCCGUCAUUAGGCUGACAAAUAUGCCCAAAUUGACGUCGCUUGACUUGUACGUCUAUCUUGACAAUAACUUGUACAGAGACGGAAGUAUCGAUCUCUCGCGUUCUCCGAGACUGGAGUAUCUACAUCUCAACUAUCCGUUUCCUCUAAACGCUGGAAACAAGCCAAUGCACUUACCAGCAGUGGACACGAUUGAUCUCGACUAUUCGUCGAUAUCACCCACUGUACCACACUUUCUGGAUGUUCUUGAGGCGACUCCGAAUUUGAGGAUCUUUCUGGCUUCCUCCUGCACAGCCGAUGAAUCAUCAGAUUACGAGGGUCGUCCUAUCGUCUCGCAUAAUCUCCGAACCCUUGCAGUACGAAAUGGUAAUGCUUCGCUAGUACUUAAAAAAUUGGACCUUCCUGCUCUGGAAGUUUUUAUCUGCAGAGAUGGCAAAGUCGACAAUGCAGGCAAUAAUCUCUCAUCAUUUGUCGAACGCUCCUUGCCACCUUUAAUCCAUUUGAGGAUUGGUGGCAACUGUGCAAACGAAGCCACGGUCACGCAAAUUCUUCCACUUCUGCCCCUCCUUCAGGUGCUCGAUAUGGACCCCUGUACCGUUUCAGCACGACUCUUUCGACUUCUUUGUGUGCCGGGUGAUGCUGGCAGACGCAGUCGUGCUCAUGAUAUGCACAACCAUAUCGUAUGUCCCGACCUGAGAGAUUUCUACUUCUUCAACUAUUCUGUCGUUGGAGAAGUACGUGAAUGUGCCAAUGCAUUUUGCGAAAUGCUAGAGUCACGCUGGGACGCUUUAAAGAUGUGGGAUGGGUUGGUCGGGCUCGGUAAACUUGAAUACCCAAUAUCUGCAGUUGAUUGCAGGAGAGUGCAUUCUCUGUUCCGAGACGCGAAGAGCUCUGGUACCAGAAGUGCGUGGAAUCCGGGUAGUCAUCUAAAUUUGGGAUACUUGUAA